AUGGCAGGUGAAGCUCUGCCUCCCCUGCCUCCCCUGACUGCACGUCCCUGCUCCUACUCCUCCUCAGACGGCAACAACACCAGCUCCUCCUCCAGACCGCAACAACACCAGCUCCUCCUCCUCCUCCGACGGCAACAACACCUCCUCCUCCUCCUCCGACGGCAACAACACCUCCUCCUCCUCCGACGGCAACAACACCAGCUCCUCCUCCAGACUGCAACAACACCAGCUCCUCCUCCUCCUCCAGACCGCAACAACACCAGCUCCUCCUCCUCCUCCUCCUCAGACGGCAACACCAGCUCCUCCUCCUCCUCCUCCUACCGCAACAACACCAGCUCCUCCUCCUCCUCAGACGGCAACAACACCAGCUCCUACUCCUCCUCCAGACCGCAACAACACCAGCUCCUACUCCUCCAGACCGCAACAACACCAGCUCCUACUCCUCCUCCAGACUGCAACAACACCAGCUCCUACUCCUCCAGACUGCAACAACACCAGCUCCUACUCCUCCAGACUGCAACAACACCAGCUCCUCCUCCAGACUGCAACAACACCAGCUCCUGUCAGUGUUGCCUCGCCAGUUACACAACAGCAGGAAUGAGGAGCAGAAAAACCAAAUGA